GCCUUCUGAAAAUGGAGGUUUACGAGUAGCAUUGAAGGCAGCAUCAGCUGGGUUUAGACCAGCUGGUUCUUUUUGCUGCUCGGCUACUGCUGCCGAACAACACAGCGACGUUACUACACAGAGCUAAGGAAUAUGGGCCUCAUUACAACGCUGGCCACUGCUAGAAACGUAGAUAACGGUACCCGGAAUGUAAAGUCUGUCACGAGUUAAAGAGGAGUUUUACCACCGGCUUAGAACCGUAUGUUAGCUAAAUGAAGUUAACAGGCUAACGACUGGUUUGGCUACCUUCAAGUAGCUAGCUGCAGUAGCCUGCCACUAAUGUUAGCUUCUAAAUGAAGUCAUCGCCAGUUUGUGUGAGCUGUUAGCCUUUUGAAUUAGCUCGUUGAAUGAGUGCGACCGGCCUCACUGCCCUGUCCAGCAGUGUCCCUGACAGCAUUUCGCAUAAUGUGUGAUCAUUAUGUAGAAGUCAAGGUUCAACUCGAGCAAAUGAAAUCGUUAGGCGAAGAUGCAGAGAAGCAGGGUGUGGAUACGGAGCAGGUGCCAGUGUCUUCUGUCUCACCAGACCCUUCCAGCAUCACCUUAGCUGGAAGAGAUGCAUCCAACACCUCCAUCACGUGUAAACAUAGGGGUAAAAGUCAUAGUAAGUCAGGAAAAGACGACAAGAACCUGUGUGGUAAGCACAUCUCAGGUGUGUCCGUUUCUACUCAUGUUGGGAAAAACCUGAAUAGACUAGAGCAUGAACAGACACUUCAUAUCAAAGGAACUGGAAGGAUACUGCAGGGCAAGUCGGAGACUAAUGGGAACUAUGUAACCAUCCAUCCAUCCAAAAACAUUCAAGAAACACGCCGUGAGGAUGGAUACAACCUUGCAAGGAAAAGAAAACCUGUGACUGUGGAUUCCUCAAAAGCCAAAACAUCUUUGGAGGCACUGAAGUUAAGCAUCAAGCAGCUAAAGUGGAAAGAGUUUCCUCUGGGAAGACGAACAGCCUGCGAUAUCUACUGGCAUGGCGUUUCCUUCCAUGACAAUGAACAUAUUGUCUCAGGGCAGGUUAACAAGUUCCCAGGAAUGAUUGAAAUGCUGAGAAAGAUCAAUCUGAGCCGCGCAGUGAGGACUAUGCAGGAACUGUUCCCAGAAGAGUACGACUUCUAUCCCCGAUCUUGGAUCCUGCCUGAGGAGUUCCAGCAGUUUUCCACACAGAUUUGCAUGGUGAAGGAGAAUGAUGCCACAGUGAAUCCCACCUUCAUUGUCAAGCCAGAUGGGGGCUCUCAAGGGGACGGCAUCUACCUCAUCCGUGACCCCAGUGACCUUAAGCUCAUGGCGGGUUCACAAGCCAAACAGGCUGUGGUCCAGGAGUACAUCCAGAAGCCGUUACUCGUUGACAAGCUUAAGUUUGAUAUCCGCCUCUACGUGCUGAUCAAGUCCCUGGAGCCACUGGAGAUCUACAUUGCCAAAGAAGGCCUGACACGUUUUUGCACCGAACCCUACCAGGAGCCAUGCCAGAAGAAUCUGAGCCAUGUCUUCAUGCACCUGACAAACUACUCCCUCAAUGUCCACAGUGGCAACUUUGUCCAUUCAGACAGCCAGAACACAGGCAGCAAGCGCACUCUCUCCAGUGUGCUGUACAGGCUGGCAGCUAAAGGUGUAGAUAUCAAGAAGGUAUGGUCGGACAUCAUCGCACUUGUCAUCAAGACUGUCAUCGCUGUGGUGCCUGAACUUAAAGUCUACUAUCAAGCUGAUAUACCGCCUGGCAAACCAGGACCCACAUGCUUCCAGAUAUUAGGUUUUGACAUCUUGCUGAUGAAGAACCUGAAGCCAGUACUACUAGAGGUCAAUUCCAAUCCCAGUAUGAGAAUAGAGCAUGAGCAGGAGGUGGCACCAGGGGUUUUUGGAUAUGUUCCCAGUCCAGUGGAUGAAGAGGUCAAAGUGGGUGUGAUCAGGGACACACUGCGUCUCAUGGACCCCAGGCACAGGAAACCUUCAAUGCUGCAAGUGCAGAAUCAAGUGAAAACCAUAGUGAAUAUAUCUACCUCAGGUGGUUGGCUCGCUGUAACUCAGCUGACAAAAGCUCUCUGGGUUGUCCCUAUGGGUUUGUGCUUCGGUUCUGCAGUACCUGCAUUACUCAGCCCUGGACAACACAAAAAGCAGGAAAUAAGUUCCCAACUGAGGGCUGGUGGGUUUGAACACGGGGAAGCGAUUCCUGUGGAGGGAGAGACACGAGAGAGGAAUCCGGAUGAAGGAGGAGCUCUGCCCUCGCUGUGUCUCAAGCCGGUCUACCCCAAGUACACCAAACAGUUUAACUACCUGCGGCUGGCGGAGCGAAUCGCAGCUCUGUUCAUCCGCUUCCUCGGGGUCAAGGGGAACAUGCGUCUGGGCCCCACCGCCUUCCGAACCUUCAUCAGGACCUGUAAACUGAGCAACAGCAACUUCACCAUGGCUUCAGUGGACAUCCUCUACAUAGACAUCACGCGUCGCUGGUCUGGAGCAGUUCCUGAUUCUAGAGAAGCAGGUAUGGGACUACAAGCAUUUGUGGAGGCCUUUUUCUACCUGGCAGGUCGCAGGUUCAAAUCCCUGGUGCUGAGGGAGCAGGUAGUGUCACUGCUGGAGUUGUGCGAGGCCCAGCUCGAGGCCCAGUUGGGCAUUGAAGACAGACGCUCUUUGAGCUGCAGCAGGGCGCUUCCACGAGCCAUCAAGACUCAGACGCUGAGCCUCAACCCUCUGCUCAGCUCCCCGGCUCCUCUACGAAGGGCGGCCAGCCAGGACUACCGACUGCAUCAAAGACUCAACCCUCGCACACUCAGGGCCAACGUGGAGAACUGACAAGAGAGGGCUUCAGACGGUCACCCAACUCCUGAACUGCAUUUAGCCUUUUCCACAGGGACACUGGGUGUCCAGCUCUUCUUUGACAGCUCCCACCAGGGGGUAUGAUGGGAGCUGAGAGAAGGAGUAGCUCGACUCCUGCUGGUUAACUAGCAGAAGGACUGUUCUCAGCCUGAUUACUUCUUUCUUCAAAAGAGGAAGACAUCUGUGGGUGCGUUGGCGUGGAAACGAGGUUGGUGCAUUUCUUCCUCUCCUAAUGGUGAUCAUGAACACUAUGGCCCAGUCAGGAGGAGAAUUUGGCUGCUUUUAAUAUUCCUUACUGAUUCUACAGGGUAGCUGUUUUGCUUCUCUUCACCUUUAUAUGGCAACACAUACACUGAAACAAUUUUUUAUUUAGUUUUUUCUAGGGCUAAUUUUAGAUGCUCUGCUUCAGUAGAUUUACUCAAUUCACACAUACAGUAAAUAAAUGAGUGUAAGGGAGUAUCCUUAGUAUGUGUGUUUUGUUCUUGAGUUUUCUCUUUGAACUAUUGCAUUUGCACAGAAAUGGAUGUGAGGGUGACUGAGCAUUUGUCUGGGCAUAUUGUGUGCUUGUGUGUGUGUAAUUAUUUAAGUUUAGCUCAGUGGUGAAAGCUUAUUUACAGCCAGGGGCUCAGCUGUGUGUCCGAGCUCCACGAGCCCAUUAGUGAUGAGUUAAGAGAAUAAGUUGUCAAAGGGAAAAGGCCAUGCCGCCACUUACCAUCUUUCACUUUGCAGCUAAUCUGGUCUGGCAGCAUCAGACCUUGAGAGAACAUGUUUUUAUGAUCAUGACGUUGUAGCUAAAGAACUGCCUUAGGAAUUAAUGUCAGAAGUAAUUGCAUGGCAUGAAGUUUCUGAAUUUAAACAAAUGCAUUGUUUCUUAAAUGCGAUUCAGAUUUUGCUGUAAAACCCUGUAUAACGAAGUAAAGUAAACGUGUACAGUAAAAGAUACUGCUGUAAAUACUAUAGGACUGACAUUUACUGCAGUAUGUAUUUGAUAACAUUAAGUAGAUUUUAGGUUAUUAACACUAAUUAAUAUGAAUUAAAUGUUAU